UAAAAUCGUGUGGAGCCCAUACCGCAAAGAUUCUCAAACGACUUUGACUACACAUCGUCCAAAUAUAAGCUAACAUGCUUCGUCAAGUUUUCAACUUACCUCUUCAUUUUACUAAAAAUAAAGGAUUAAGAAUAAUGAAGCAUUUUCCAGCACAAAUUCAUACGACUUCUUGCAUGUCACUGAUGGAAAAGGUUGUUAAAGGGAAAAAGAAAUUCAUCAAACAAGUGAUGUCAGAAAAAGAAUCCCAAGAUAUCGAAGAUAAUGAUACUGAAGAAGAACUUAGUGCAGUAAAUGAUUUUUCUUUCCCUGGUCAUGAAGAAUAUGGAUUUUCAAUUCCAACCAUGCAAACUCACGAAACGUUGGUCAACGACAUUAAAUAUCGCGAUUUGCCGAUCGUUCACAUUCAAUCAACGAAAAAUAACACUAUAAUGACAUGCCUCGAUGGGGAUCACCAACCAGGAGUCCAUGGUUUAAUAAAUUCCUGCGGCAGAGAGGGUUUUCGAAGUGCGAAAAAAAGUACUACUGUUGCAGCACAAGCAACUGGUAUGAGUUUGGGUGCCAAAAUGAUUAGAAAAGGCUAUAAAGAUAUUCGGGUUAGAGUUCGAGGAACUGGUGCAGGAAGAUUUCCAUCAAUCAAGGGACUAGAGAUGUCUGGCUUGAAUAUUAUGUCGAUAACAGAUGCAACUUACUAUGGGACUAUGGGUUACAAAAAGCCUCGAAAGCAAAGACGUGUCUAA